UUAGCGAAAUGUAUAGUAAAAGAAAUUUUGAAAUACUCAGAGAGCUCUAGAAGGGGGGUGGGAACGAAGUGUGCAUGAUGCCGGGCUGGCUGGAUUCGGUACUUACCUAUCUCUUACAAUGGGGUCCUCAUCAUGACCCCCCUAAACAGAACAUGGACGAUAUUGACGACCUUGAAGAUGUUUUUGAGCUGAUGUUCUCGUGCGGAUGGGGGCUGGUCGUCGCCAUAUUUGUUCUCCUGCUGCUCUUCUGGCUCUUUCUCUACCUACUGUCUCUCAGAAACCAGUACAACCUCGCGGGGAAGCAUGUCCUUAUCACAGGAGGGAGUAGUGGGAUUGGAAAGGCUGUGGCUAAAGAGGCGCUGCUGAGAGGUGCUGAAGUAGUGACUAUUCUUGCACGGAAUGAAGAGAAGCUCGAAGCAACUAAAUCUGAACUGGAGAGACUGAUAACUCCCAAGUUAGAUCAAAGAGUGAAUACGAUAUCUGCCGACGUGUGCUCAGAGGAACUGCAGGAGGAGCUGGAGAUUGGGCUGAGUGGGUUGCCCCCUGUUGACGUCCUCAUUAACUCGGCUGGUAUAACAUUCACUGCUUCAUUUCAGGACACAACUCCACAAGAUUUUGAGAAGCAGCUGCAAGUGAAUGUACUAGGGAGUGUCCGUCCCACAAAGGUUCUGCUGCCUGAUAUGAUAGAGAAACAACAGGGCAGAAUCGUCUUCAUAUCCUCCAUGGCGGGCCAGACGGCUCUCUAUGGCUACACUGCCUACUCGGCCUCAAAAUACGCAGUUCGGGGACUGGCGGAAGUACUGGACAUGGAGCUGAAGGUCCACAACAUACGAGUCAGCGUGUCCUUCCCGCCUGACACCGACACUCCCAUGCUACAGGGGGAGCUGGGACAGAGAUCGCCCAUAGUGAAGGCUCAGGCAGGCUUUGGCAGUGUGUUCAAAGCAGAGAGUGUGGCUAGGGACAUCUGUCGCGGCAUCGAGAGAGGAAAGUUCCUCAUAACCCACGGCUUUGACGGUUUUCUCCUGGGAGUCAUAGCAACUGGGAUGAGCCCAGUCUACCACUGGGCAACACUUAUCACUGAGGUUGUGUGUCUGGGGUUGUUUCGACUGGUGGGGUGUGUCUACAUCACCCUGUUCUACAACAUUGUCAGAAGAGAGACAAAGAAAGCCAAAAAGCAGAACUGAGUCGAGUGGCCAGGUAUUUAGGCAACAAUAACUCUACUAGUUUAGGUUAGGCCAUGCAUAUAGAAUUCCCCGUUUUUCACAAUUAUUGUGUUUUUGUCGAGCCAA